UCCUAGUCGCAGUAGUCGGGCUCCUGUCUCUUUGAAGGUAACGGUUAAAGGAAGGCGACUGCGUGACAGUUCCGUUACAGAACUCCGCUUCUCCCUUUCCUUACUUCAGUUACUGUUAUGGAUUAUUCUUCUUCUGAGAAAGAGAAAGAGAAAGAAUGGGGGGAGAGAGUUGCAGAGAAAGUGUUUGCUCUCUAUCAGUCGCUGCCAAAGAAGGGAAAGCCGCAGGGACGCGAAGUCACCGUAUUGGCCGCCUUUCUCGUCUCCUCUCCCUCUCAAGAUUUGGAAGUGGUUGCACUAGGCACAGGAACAAAGUGUAUUGGGCGCUCUCGUUUGAGCCAUCGUGGUGACAUUCUCAAUGACUCUCAUGCUGAAAUUGUUGCCCGCAGAGCUUUGUUAAGGUUCUUCUAUGCGGAGAUUCAAUGUCUUAAUGACAAUUUAAAUAAGCUAGGACAAAAUGAAACCAGACAGUUGCAAGCUGGUGAUCUUGAACACUUGUUUUUCCAAUUGGAUUCAGAUGGUUCUGGUGAAAUAAAAUAUAAACUCCGGGAAGGGUGGAAAUUACAUCUGUACAUAUCUCAGUUGCCAUGUGGUGAUGCUUCACUUAAUUCAGCAGCAUCUACAAUUGAUGAACAUGGCCAGUCCAUAAUUGAGCUUCCCAACGCUUCAAGAGGAAAUAGUGGGAAUUGCUCACAACUUAUUGGCUUGGUUCAGAGGAAGCCUGGUCGUGGUGAUACAACAUUGUCAGUUAGCUGCUCUGACAAGAUAGCUCGUUGGAACAUUCUUGGAGUUCAAGGGGCUUUGCUUUCUUACUUUCUUCGACCUGUUUACCUUUGUUCCAUUACUGUCGGAAAAUCCUGUUACUUUUCUGAGGAUUUUUGCUUGGUGGAACAAUUGAAAAGAUCUUUAUAUGAUCGAAUUAUACCAUUGUCAAAUGAGCUUAUAAAGCCUUUUGGAGUCAGCAAGCCACUGUUUUGUGCAGCACCAGUACCAGCAAAGGAGUUUCAGCAUUCUGAGACUGCACAAGCCACCUUAACUUGCGGGUAUUCUAUAUGUUGGAAUAAGUCUGGUUUGCAUGAAGUCAUUCUUGGAACUACUGGAAGAAAGCAAGGCACAUCUGCUAAAGGGGCAAUUUAUCCAUCUACUGAAUCAUUGUUGUGCAAAAAGCGUUUUUUGGAAAUUUUCUUAUCACUGAGGCAGGAAUGCAAAAUCAAAUGCUCAUCCAGUGAGGUUUCUUAUCGAGAACUCAAGGACGGGGCUGAAGGAUAUAACUCAGCUUCGAAACUUUUUAAGGGGAGACCUCCCUUCCACAAUUGGCUAUUGAAACCUUCAAACUUGGAGGAUUUCUCAAUUAUUACGAACACGGUCAAUUAUCCUUCCUGCAAGUCAUGCGGCCUUCAAGGGUGAUCUAGUUGGUUGGUUCAAGCUGGUGCUAUAUACCAUGCCUGAUGCUCUGAGUCCAUAGAGUUUCGAUAAGUGAAAGGCUCUUGGAUUUGACUAUCUAUUUUUUUUUAUUCUCGCAAAAGUUAUUUGUGCAUAACUUAUGGGCUAUUUCACGUGAUCAUUGACAUUAAAUAGGUUGUCCCGUAGUAUAAGUUUAUGUUCUUUAAUUAUUUAGAAUUCAAAGAAUUUGCUAUGUGGUUAACUUGUCUAGUACUUCACGUGGAAAAUCUUUGCUAGUUCUCGACGUAUGGAUUGGACUAGCUUUGGCUAGUCAUGGUAAGAAUCCAGGGCUUGCUUUUGCAGACCCACCAGUCAAGCCGAAUAAUUUUCUUCUUCAGCUUUACAUUAAAACGCUCUUUCAUUUGGACAAAUACCAAACCUAAUAUUGUAAACCGAACUUCUAUUAAUAUCUAGUGUCGUAUUGAUCUGGGAAGCUGAAAGUUCACUUUUGUUAGGUAAAAGUCACGAUGAAAAACAGAGGAGAAUUUUAAUGGCAUAGAGAAACUUAAGAAGGGAUUUAAUAAUAUUGUACAAGUUUUUUUUUAAUCUUUUGAGCUAUAAUUGAGAUUCUAACACAGACUCUUACUUUUGAGAAUCUGACUCGGUGUGAAUUUUUUUUUUUUCUCA